ACUCGACGUCCGUCGCUGUUUGAACCGCGUUCCGGUAUACCGGCCAAAAUAGCGUGACUCGCGAUGAAGUCGUGACUCGAGUGGCCUCUCUGAGACCGAGGUUAGCUUUUAGUGUGACCGAGAUGUCGAUAUCGGCCCAAGGGGUUGUCGAGAGGGCCUCGGCCGAGCUGACGAAGCGCAUCAACGGGCUCGGCCUCAGGAGCGGAAAACCCCACGUCUCCAAGGGCAGCAGUGUCAUGGAGAGGGUGACCAACGUCUUCUGCGGCGGAGGCAGCAAUAACGCUAGCUUCGGCGCCCCCGAGAAGCCGUCGAGACUCCUGCCCUCGAGGGGGCUCUUGAAAUCGAACUUCCUGACGUCAAGGAAGCUGCGACAACCGCCGCAACACCUAUACCUCGAGUGGAAUCAGCUGAUGAUGGACGAGAGGUUCCUGACGAAGUUCUUUUUGUAUUUCAAUGCGUACGACAGGUGUACCUUAGCGCAGGUCUGCACUCGUUGGAGAGACAUUUUAUAUCGCUCCCCGAGAUACUGGUCGGGCCUGGUGCCAGUUCUGCAAUGCCGUGAGCUGCGCGGGACAACGGAAAUAGAAAGGGCAAGGUUAUAUGCAUCUCUUCUAGUUAAAGGCUUCUACACGCUUUGUUUGAUGGGAGCAUCAGAUGAAGACGCCCUAGACUUGGUGAAUACCUUCCCCCUCGCAUCAGAACACAUUCACACGCUCAGCCUGAGGUGUUCCAGUAUCACGGAUAGGGGACUAGAAACACUAUUAGACCAUCUUCAGGCGCUGUACGAGUUAGAACUGGCCGGCUGCAACGAGAUCACGGAGGCGGGUCUGUGGGCGUGUCUGAACCCGCGCAUCGUCUCUCUCACUCUCACCGACUGCAUCAACGUGGCUGACGAAGCGGUGGGCGCAGUCGCGCAACUUCUGCCCGCCCUCUACGAGUUUUCGCUGCAGGCCUAUCACGUGACUGAUGCCGCUCUCACCUACUUCUCCCCCAAGCAGCAGUACUCGAUUGGCGUGCUCAGGCUGCACUCUUGCUGGGAAAUCACUUCGCAGGGAGUCAUCACGAUAGCUACCACGAUGAAAAACUUGACGGUGCUGAGUCUGUCCGGGUGUAGUAAAAUAAACGAUGAAGCGCUAGAAGCAAUUGCGGAAUUUUUAAAAGGAUUGAAGUCUCUGGAUCUGUCUUGGUGUCCGAGAAUCACCGACCACGGUUUGGAGAAUAUCGCGUGCGAUCUCAAUCAAUUAGAAGAACUGAUCCUCGAUAGGUGUAUAAAUUUAACAGAUAACGGAAUUAGUUUUCUUUGUACUAUGAUGUCUCUAUCUUCCCUGUAUCUACGAUGGUGCUCCCAAAUAGGAGAUGGCUCGAUGCAACAUAUAGUAGCCAUUCGGAAACUGCAAAUACUUUCACUAGCAGGAUGUCCUCUGUUGACAUGCAGUGGCCUGUCGACUGUCAUCCAGCUACGUCACCUAAAAGAACUAGAACUAACCAAUUGUCCCGGAGCUUCACGAGAACUGUUUGACUAUCUAAGAGAACAUCUUCCACGCUGCCUCAUCAUAGAAUAAGCCACCAAUUGUCCACUUGUUACAUUUGAUACUAGACCGUGCAAUAAUACCACAUCCUUCAUUCUUAUGAUUCUACAUAUACUUUUCCUAGAAAUUUCUUUCACCUUCGUAAUUGCACUUGUGGAUGUUAGACGAUUCGACAGGUCUUACGGGUGUUUUUGUGAUAUAUUGAGUGUUAUAUAGGAUCUCUUUUGGGGUCAGGUGUGGGAUUUCGAAUUGAAUUAUGUGUCAGGUGUGGGGUUUUCAAUUUCUAUGAUAUGAUAGUCGCGUAGACAUAUUGCCUGUCCCUGAACCAAUAUCCACAAUGCAAUUUCCAUUCGAAUGGUCCAUGAAGAGAAUCAGAAUAUGUCAUAUCAAAUGGCAAUAAUGAAGGUAUAAAAUAGCAAUAACGCUAAAAAAUAUCAUUGAAAUCAAAGUAAUAGGUGUGUAAUACACCAUAAUAAGAAGUGUGUCCGAAAAGCGAAGUUAGAUAUAAAUUUAGGUUAGUUUAAUUGAAAACUCAAUUCCCGAUAUUUAGGAAGACUUGUCAUUUUGUGAUUUAGCCAUCCAGGUCAAUCAUCGAAAUUUUUCUAGUCGAACUUUAUGAUUUUUGUGGACCAUUUGAUAUAUAUCUUCUUUGUGAUGUGUUUGAAAUGUUUUAUUAUAUGUUGAAAUCCCGAGUUUAUGUGACGUCAUUGAUAUAAAUAGAUAUUUUGCAAGAAAUCGG